AUAAAUGAACAAAUAGCACCACAGGAGGUUAGAAGUAUGCAGAAUCAGCUACUGUUUUCGUCUGAUUCUGGUGGAAGAAUGCUUUUAAAAUCAUAUCCCAAGACAAUUGCUUGUGAGGAGUCAAUGGGGUUAUAUGCAAGUAAGGAUUUUCUUAUGUCGCAACAAACCUGUCAUCAGAGAAAAUAUUUUGCUCCUCACUGGUCCGUUGAAUCUGUUAAUGAGGCAUUAGAGAAAGGCAAUGUCUUUAAAGCGCUGUUUCGUGUGAAUGCUCACAACAGACUUGAGGCCUAUUGCAAAAUCAAUGGAGUUCAAACAGAUGUUCUCAUCAGUGGAAUUGCUGCUCAGAAUAGAGCUGUAAGUCUGGGGUUGCUUUUUCUAGUGAUGUUCUAAAUGAAGUGCUGUUGACUUCAAUUGUCUACGUACUUUUUGUACAUUGUGCAUUUAAUGGAUAUAAAGUGAUAGGAAGUUAACUCACUAAUCUUGAUUUGUUUGCUUUCUGUUCCUUCAUCAGCUGUAUACUGUU